CGCGCUUGCAUGGCUGCCGCGGCGUGCGUAAUAGAGAGAAAACCCGAGUCGCCGCGGUAGCUUGCCGCCCAUCGUGUGCCGUGUUACCAUUUCGGACAACGUCAACGUCAAGAUGGCAUCAUCGCAUACGUGGCAGCACGAGAACGCAGCGAUACAAAACCGCGGCGUAAAACCGACAGUCCUUUCUACCCUCCAGAGCUGAUAACUAAUCCGUGGACGCGCAUUUGUCAGAGAAAGCUUGGGUUGCUCGCCAGUGUCCGGCGCGACAUGCUGCGCCUGCCUCGACCACCUUGCUUGUUUGCUGACCCAUAAGCGUCGGUGGUGAUCUUCCGGAUAAUGAGAGUAUCCGGAUUCUAAGUUAUCCGGAAAUCCACCCACCAGCGCCAACAAGCCAACGGGUCCGACCACGAUGCUCGUGAUGGUGCUUUCGCCGGCCAAGACGCUGGACUUGGCCCUGCCCAAGCUCAGGACAUGUACGCAGCCCAAGUUCCUCGACGAGGCCUCCAUCCUGGUCCAGGACCUACGCAAGCUCACGCCAGCCAAGCUCAAGGGUUUGCUGGGCGUUAGCGACGCGCUCGCCAAGCUCAAUCACGACCGGUACAAGCACUUUGUCGAUCACGCCGACGCCUCGUCUCCCUCCGACACCUUCAAGCAGGCACUCUUCGCCUUUGAUGGCCCUGCCUACAAGGGCAUCCAGGCCGCCUCGUUUUCAACCGACGACGUCGCGUAUGUCCAAGACCACUUGCGCAUCCUUUGCGGCCUCUACGGCAUCCUGCGGCCGCUCGACCUCAUCCAGCCGUACCGCCUCGAGAUGGGCCAGAAAUUUGCAAACGCACGCGGCAAGGACCUGUAUAUGUUUUGGGGCAAUACGAUCGCGAGAGAGCUCAACGACCUCUUCGCCACUGCGCCAGAAGGCGACACGAAGAUCCUCCUCAACGUCGCGUCGCAAGAAUACUUUAAGAGCGUCGACAAGUCGGCGCUGGACCCGUCGAUUCUCAUCGUCGACGUUGUCUUCAAGGACGACGGCAAGAUCAAGUCGGCGUUUGCGAAGCGGGCGCGGGGCCUCAUGGUGCACUACGUAUCGACACGUCGAUUGAGCUCGAUCGCCGCACUCAGAGCGUUCGACCUCGAAGGCUACGCCUUUAGCAAUACCGAGUCGACUGAAACCAGCCUGGUCUUUGCACGGUCCAAAGCGGCGCUCAAGCGCCACCAAGACGCGACCGCGCCGCCCAAAGCGAAGCGCGCCAAGCAUGAAUAACACAAAGAGAUGUCUUCGCGCAUGGUUGUAAUAUCGUCCACGAGGGUGGUCUCCAGUCCUUGGCGUGGAU